GGGGGCGGGGCCGACGAGUCGAGUCGAGUGGAGUCUAGUGGAGUCGGGUCGAGCUUUCAGAGUCCCGAGCGCAGGCCUUCCGCCGCGUUGAUCUUUCGGUUGCCGGUGGCCGUGGGCCGCGCGGUUUACGGUCGGGCUGAGACGCGCGCUGCAAUGGCGACCUUUGUGAGCGAGCUGGAGGCAGCCAAGAAGAACUUGAGCGAGGCACUGGGGGACAACGUGAAACAAUACUGGGCCAACUUGAAGUUGUGGUUCAAGCAGAAGAUCAGCAAAGAGGAGUUUGACCUUGAAGCGCACAGACUCCUCACACAGGACAAUGUCCAUUCUCACAAUGAUUUCCUCCUGGCCAUCCUCACACGUUGUCAGAUUUUGGUUUCUACACCAGAGGGUGCUGGAUCUUUGCCCUGGACAGGGGGCUCUGCAGCCAAGCCUGGAAAACCCAAGGGCAAGAAAAAGCUUUCUUCCGUUCGUCAAAAAUUUGAUCAUAGAUUUCAGCCUCAGAACCCCCUCUCUGGAGCUCAGCAGUUUGUGGCAAAGGAUCCCCAGGAUGACGACGAUUUGAAACUUUGUUCACACACCAUGAUGCUUCCCACACGAGGUCAACUUGAAGGGAGAAUGAUUGUGACUGCCUAUGAGCAUGGGCUGGACAAUGUCACCGAGGAGGCUGUGUCCGCUGUUGUCUACGCAGUGGAGAAUCACCUCAAAGAUAUUCUGACUUCAGUUGUAUCCAGAAGGAAAGCUUAUCGGGUACGAGAUGGACAUUUUAAAUACGCCUUUGGGAGUAACGUGACGCCACAGCCGUACCUGAAGAACAGUGUGGUGGCUUACAACAACUUGGUUGAGGGCCCUCCAGCCUUUUCUGCUCCGUGUGCCAGUCAGAACCCAGCUUCUCACCCACACCCCGACGACGCUGAGCAGCAGGCGGCGUUCCUGUUGGCGUGCUCUGGGGACACUCUACCUGCAUCGUUGCCUCCAGUGAACAUGUAUGACCUGUUUGAUGCUUUGCAGGGUGCCUUCGUCUGCACCGUAGCUGAACAGGGAGAUCCUUGGCUGAAAUCGAAGAUGCCAGAAGGACCUCAUACCUCAGCCUCCACCGUGGGUCACAACAACCAAAUAGCUGUCUCCGUAUACUGCUAAAUGUUCCAGAGUGGGCAGGGGCACAACUGUCCACUGCUUACGACUGGGCCUUCUCCAGGAAGUCCAUCAUCAGGCCCGAGUGAGCCGCCCCUGAUUUUGCCUAGGAGAACAUCCCGAGCUGGCCUCCACUGUCCUGUUAGGCUUCUUUCACUGUCUUGAGAGCCUUGAGUCUCCUCAUGAAGGCAGGGUUGUCUUAACCCUGUGCAGUAACUGUCGCUGCAGGGUGGACUUCCCAGAGGUUACAGAUGCCCACAUCUCAGGCCUGCACCUCAAGCUGCCCCUCCCCCCCAGCCACUCUUGUUCCCUUCUUUACUGGGCAAGGCAGGCUCUACCCUUGGCUUUUCUCAUUUGCUCAACACAAUCAAGAUGUCCGCUUUGAAUGCUUCUCCAUACUUCUCCAACCCCUUUUGGAUAUUCUGGGUCCUCAACUAAGGCCUCAGAAUCCAGGGUUUCUACUCCUUCAAGCUCGACAGGACCGACACUCCUGACUGAGUCAGUACUGAGGAGGACAGAGUGGACAAAGAACAUGAACGGAUAAAUGCAACAGCUCCAGACCAGUGAGCCCAGAGUCUGGCAAUUAUUUAUAAUGCCACUAGUUUACAGUGAAACCUAACACAGAAAGAUGCUCUACUGGCGGGGCUGCGGCUCAGAAAGUCAGUCUAUAGGGAUUUUCCCAGUAAAGCAGAUAACCUUUAGGUACCCAAAGGUUCCUUCUCCAGGAGGGGUGGACUAGAUAAUUUGGAAGAAGGGUCUUUCUGGUUCUUUGCCUUCAGCUCUGGGUUCUAGGAUGAAGGUCUUCUCUCUCAUGAGGUACCAAGGAUAUUAUGUACUGAUGCUACUGAUAAAGUUUAAAUACAACGAAAAACUAAGCAAUGCCAGUUUAUUGUUCAUGUUCAAUUU